AUGAAGGAGAAAUCCUACUUGCUGUCCACAAACCCUCCCAUCCAAAGGCCCCCCACCCCCCACAACCCUCCCUCUAACUCCACCCCUACCACCCACUACCCACCUUAUAACGCCUCCCCACCACCCACUACCCACCCUCUAACGGCCCACCACCACCCACUACCCACCCACCAACGCCUCCCACCACCCACUACCCACCUCCCCCCACUAACUGCUCACAAACUGCCCCUCCACCACCCCUCACAACUGCCCAGCUACCCGUCCAACCCCUCCCUUCCUAAAACCCCAACCCCUCCCCAAUUCGCCUCCCCUCUCUGUAUCAGGGGAGAGGGGGUGUAG